CAGAAGUGAAGUGCAGAAUGCGAAGUAUCGUCGUCAUUGAAGUGUUCGUAUUGAGCUGAGUUAAAGAGGAAAAUUUGUGUUUUUUCAUUGCUUCGCAAAUAAACUUCCUGUAAGGUUUUUUGCUCUUUAUUAUGUGUAUGUUUGGAGUCAUUUCGCCUUAGAAAAACUACGCAUUUAAAUGGUAUUUACUAGCGGAAAAUGCAUCGUCACCGUUCGCUAUCAGAUCAAGUGCACUGAAAAUAAGGAAAAGUUAUCAAUUGUAUUUCCUGGUCCCCAUACAAUAAUCGGAGACCACUUCGGUCGAAUCAGAGCAAGGGUGAAUAAAAAAUGCUAAAGCUCGAUGACACAGUUGCAAAAGGUACAAAAUCGACGAUGAAAAGCUGGUCCCGUUAUUAGGGAUAACAUUAGAAUUUGCAUUGUGCUGUGUGGAUAGGGGAGAUUUGAACAUCAACCUUCUAGUCACCUGAUUCAGUGAUUUUGGUCGCUUGUGUGAUCGCUGGUUAGUGUUUUUUUUCUCUCUGAUGUGUGAUAAUAAAGACCAAUCGUCAUAGAAAGUGCAGUGCUGCCAAGGUAAAUUGAUAAUGUGUAGAUAAUAGGUAUGGAGUAAUCGUCGCAAUCCUAACUCGUUAAUUAUUGUAACUUAUCUUUGUGAGACAUCAAAAAUUUGAGAACCGUUAUUGUCUAGCCAACAUAUAAGUCCUAGAAUUUGAUUCAGUUGUCGGUAACGAGUAAAAAUCUUGAAACCAUUUAGAAUAUAGUACAAGACAGCGAUGACUUAAAUAUUGUAAUAGUAAAAUUUCAGCAGUGUCAAUAAAUUAUUACAUCAGACCUAGCAAGUAUGAUAAAUUAUGGAAAAUAUUUUAGUAACCUGCCAUCAUGUAGAAUUUAAAGUAGUGUUUUGAGCGGUUAAACAAAGUGAUAAUUUUGUGAGUGUUUUCUCAUAAAAAAGUUCAAUGAUACCAGAUAAGUAAGUCGAGAUAAAAUGAAUUACGUACCUCGGCAACUAGCUGUAUUCAUAUCUGGAAAGGAUGUAUAGGCAACGCCAAAAAACUCUGAUGCGAUGUGACGUGGGAUGAUGAUUUUUAACUUUGUGGUAAGGUGGUUAAAGGAAAACACUGUUAAAAAGGACGCAUCUUCGUAUAGUCGAAUGGAAUAUUAUCAGUAACUGCAGCCAGCUGCUUGGCAGAGCCGUUUGCAAUUGUCCAAAAAAGAGUGUGUUGAAUCUAAAACCGCGAUUCAAAAAUAAUGGGUGCAAAGGAUUCAAAGCCAUCGUGCAUCAGCUACGAGGAGGCAGUAAAAAGAGUUACGGAUUUUGAGUUGCGACGAAUCAAAGAUGCAUUCAAGCGAUCAGCUGGCACCAGCGGAACUGUUCUUAGCAAGAGCGCUUUCGUGCAGGAUGUGCUUGGAGAUGGAGUUCCGACAGUGGUCGCCGAUUGGCUGUAUUCGGCCUGCGGUGGAACGGCAAAAGGUAUUGCCUUCAAAGAACUCCUAUGCGGGCUGGUACUGCUAACGAAAGGAACACCGGAGGAAAAAAUCAGAUUUCUCUGGACCCUGUACUGCAACGACUCUGGUACCCACAUCCUGAAGCAAGACUUUCAAAAGGCCAUGCAAAUUGAAACUUCGUACCAAAGCAAUAUAUUGAGCGCGACCAGCACCACCUCCAGCGGGAGCUUCAAUUUCGUCAACAAUAGCACCAUUAACAACAAUCAGUCGACGUUGAACAAAAGCAACAGUCUGCCGAAAUAUACGGUAGCCCUAUUCGGACCUAAUGAUCGGGUCACCUUUGAUCAGUUCAAGUCUUGGAUUCAAAUAUACAAAGGGGCUACAGUUUUGUCCAAGUGGUUACUCCAGGAUGCCUGUGUUAACUUAAGCUCUGAGCUGGAAACUCCCACCUUCUACCAAAGUUUGGCAGGAGUCACUCAUCUCGAGGAGCAGGACAUUGGGGACUUGGAGAAGGUGUUCUGGUUACUCAAGGGUUUGACCGGUCAGUUAGAUCUAGAAUCACUUGGGCCUUUGAUCUGCCCUCCGGUGCCAAAAGCUGCGUUGAAUGGAGUCUUUCUAGCGUUCGAUGAGAACCACGAUGGUCAUAUUGAUUUUAAAGAACUAUGUUGCGGUGUCAGUGCAGCUUGCCGUGGACCCAACGUAGAGCGAAGCAAAUUUUGCUUUAAGGUUUUUGACAUUGACCGCGAUGGAAUGUUGAAUUUCGUGGAAAUUAACAAAAUGGUAGACAUUUUGCUGUUUGUAGCCAAAGAAACAAGUUCUGCUUAUUACCGGGGCUUCACCACUAGAAGAGUAUUGGAAGAAUUAUAUCUGCGUGCGAUGGAUGUCAACCAGAAUGGCAAUGAAUCGGAAACUAAGAUGGAAGUGCCAGAUCCAAUACCAGAGUUCAGGUUCUCUCAGGAGGAUUUCCUAAUUUGGAGUAUAGAAAGCUCUAGCAAUUUGGUUCAACCGUUUUUGGAUCUCCUAUUCGAGGUAUGCCAUAUCGUGUUAGGUCUCCGCCCACAGUGCAAGCACUUGGAAGGAGACAUUGUUCGAGGUUGGUUAUCACGGGAAGUACGAAGAGGAUAUAAAGUCGGUCAAUUUUGGUAUUUGAUUUCAUCGGAUUGGUGGCAAUACUGGACUCAGUACACGCAGCCUUUAGUUAAUUCAGCGUGUGUUCAUUGCAAGAUUGCUUCCAGUUAUUCCAUCAAUAGGAAGAAUGCUACCGCUGCUAUUGUCGGAGUGGAUGAAGCGAUGAUUUGUGAUGAAAGUUUCACUUCAAAUUCCACUGAAAGUAUGGGUGAUCUACUCAACACGGGAGAUUCUUCGAGUUUAGGCAGUGGAAGUAGUGGUAUUUCUUGUGGUCGGCAGCCCGGGGGCUCACCUGGAAUGAUAGACAACAGUGGUCUCAUUGCACCUAUUAUAUAUAAGCAGAUACCAACUCUCACAGGAGAAGGUGGACGAUUGAAACGAGAUUUGACGCUUGUUCAGCAUCGAGAUUUCGAAUUGGUUCCAGACUCACUAUGGAAAGCUCUCAACCAGUGGUACGGAGGACCACUACCUCUUCCCCGGCAGGUUAUACAACCUAUGAACAGUGGUGACGUAGAGCUUGAACUGUACCCAUUAAACCUAAGGAUAUAUCGCCAUCAAAGCCCACCCAGUCAGCAACAGCAGCAAUCUAGCACUGCUUGGGGUAGUAUAUCUGGUGGUUACGGUACUUUGACCACUGGAAGCUACCCAAAUGUUUCAUCUGUGUUGCAGCCACCAAAAAAAUAUCUCGCUUAUACAGCAGCUUUUAGUAGGCUGGCUACCGUUAAACAGGUUGCUGAUUUCCUCUGUGAAAGACUGAAUCUAAGGGUCGAAGAUAUUCGGUUAUGGCAUUUGGUGCCAACUGCGAAUGGUGCUGCAGAAUUUCCAUGCCUUCUAGAGGAGGACAGUUUAAAUCUACAGGAACUGACGAUCGCAGACAAUGAUCAACUGCUACUGGAAAUCCGCAACAAAGAUCUUACAUGGCCCGAAGAACUGGGUUCAUUGACAUUGGCUCACAGCAACAGCUACACGAAUUUGGAUCGCCGGGGAACUCUUGCAUCCAUUCAGUCACAACAUCCUCCGGGUGCCACUGGGUUGCAUAAUCUCGGUAACACAUGCUUCAUGAACGCUGCUUUGCAAGUGCUGUUCAACACUCAACCUCUAACUCAAUAUUUCAUCAAUAAAAUGCAUAUGUACGAGCUGAACGUAAACAAUAAGCUUGGCACUAAAGGUCAGUUGGCUGUGCGGUAUGCCGAGCUGCUUCGAGAAGUUUGGACCGCUUCUCAACGAUCUAUAGCUCCACUGAAAUUACGUUUUUGUGUUACCAAGCAUGCUCCGCAAUUCUCAGGAGGUGGACAGCACGAUUCGCAAGAGUUACUCGAUUGGUUGCUUGAUUCACUACAUGAAGAUCUGAAUCGUGUAAUGGAAAAACCGUACACUGAAUUGAAAGACUCGGACGGCCGUUCCGAUGUGGUUGUUGCAGCUGAAGCAUGGUCCCAACAUCAUGCCCGCAAUCAAAGUAUUAUUGUAGAUCUGUUCUACGGGCAGCUAAAGUCGAAGGUAACAUGCAUGGGCUGUAAUCGUGAUUCGGUACGGUUCGACCCAUUUAGUUUACUGAGUCUUCCAUUACCGGUGGAAAAUUAUACCUACUGUGAAAUUUUGGUGACCUUGUUGGACGGUUCGGUGCCAUGUAAGUAUGGACUUCGUUUAAACUCGGAUAUGAAGUACUGGGAUCUGAAGAAACAACUAGCAGAAAUGUGUGCCCUGGAUCCGGAACAGAUGUUAAUUUGUGAACUGUCCAAUUCACAAAUUCGCUACAUACUACCCAACGACCAGAAAGUUAAACCAAGUACUGCGUGUGAGCUAUAUGUUUACGAGUUGCCAAAGCUAGGAAAUGUACUGGUUCGGUCUCGUGCGGGAUCAGAGCUUGCUAUUAAUAUCGAAAAAGGAUUGAAGGACAUUCAGCGUGCACCAGAAACGAACCAACUAACGACCAGCUCAGUCCAUACGACUAUCUCCUCAUCAUCUUCGUCAUCGACCACCGUUGAUGACACGGUGGCCAUUACCGGCGGUGGAUUGCGGCUUGGAUCGAGUGGGGAAAAUCCCUUCAAGGCUCGUACGUCGUCCAGUGGAACAGCGGCUGGCAAUGUCGGGGCUAGCGGCAACAAUCACCGCAGGGGCUCGACUACUACGGCAUCGAAGGUAAGCCGGUGCUUUGGCAACACCUUGCCCUGCAUGCCCCCGAAUAUGUUGUGCUUCAAGCAUAUUCCUGAGAUAAGUGCGAGUCCCGAUAGUACAUUUGUGUUUAGUGAUACGGCACACUUCGCUGGAAGUACGUACACAGCAAGUACGCAGUAUAAGGAACGAACCUGCAAAACGAUUUCUACGACUAAUCUGCUGAAUAACGUCGAUAACGGCUGGAAUACUUCAGCUGCUAGUGGGAUAUCUGGCGAAGCAGAUGAGCAGAAAACACGCUGCAAUGAUUGUGAUAUUAUAUAUAAUGGCCACGCCACUGAAGAGAGUGAAUCAUUUCCAUACGUCGAUAGCAAUACGAUACAUAAUCAACAUCACUAUCAACAGCACCAACACUCACAAUGUGAUUCAUUCAAUCUAAGUGCAAUUAAACGACCGCCAAGUGCGGGUGGUACCGCCGCUGGUGGUGGUGGAGGUGUUUACAACGGUCUAGCGAAGAACAAUUAUCUGAUAGCAGUCCAUCGGAAGCUCAGUAGACAGGACACCUAUUUUCUUUCGCAUCACAAAUCACGGCCGGGUCUUUUCGGAGUGCCAUUGUUGAUCCCGUGUUAUGACGGAGUGACCAACAAAGAACUUUAUUGUUCUGUUUGGCUUCAGGUUGCUCGACUAUUGAGUCCACUCCCACCGACGCCGCCGGAUCAAUCGAAUCAUGCUACUGACUGUGAUGAUAGUUUAGGAUACGAUUUUCCGUUCACUCUUCGUGCCGUUGCCAGCGGUGGACGAACAUGUGCUUUGUGUCCAUGGUCUCGGUUUUGUCGUGGUUGUGAAAUUCCUUGCAAUGACGAAUUGCUUCUGCAAGGUCUAGUUCAUUCCGGUUCCUCUUCUAGUAACAAUUCAACACCCAACCUUUCAUCAAGAGAACAGACUCCUACAUUUCGAAGAAAAACAUACGGAAGCUCGACGGCUUCUUCGUUGGAAGGUAACCAACCUUCUCUAACAUCGUCCUCGCGAUACAUCAAUACAAGCCAUAUACAGAUCGCAAUCGACUGGGAUCCAACUGCGCUUCAUUUGCGGUAUCAAAGCACACGUGAAAGGUUGUGGACUGAGCACGAAUCGGUAGCUAUCUGUCGGAGACAGCGAACUGAACCUGUUGAUCUAGAUCACUGUCUGCGAGCUUUCACUUCCGAGGAGAAACUGGAACAGUGGUAUCACUGCUCUCACUGUAAGCAGAAAAAGCCGGCCACCAAGAAACUGCAAAUCUGGAAGCUACCACCAAUUCUGAUUGUGCAUCUCAAAAGGUUCAACUUCGUCAACAACAAAUGGGUCAAAUCGCAGAAGGUGGUAAAUUUCCCGUACGAAGACUUUGAUCCUACGCCAUACCUAGCUUCAGUUCCACAGGAAACAAUACUUCGCCACAAAGAACUAUUGGACGGCGUAGGCGGUUAUGAUGGGCGCAAUCAUGACUGCCACGAUGAGAUCGUGGAGUUCGAUCGGGAGAUGUCCAUGAUUGAUGAGAUGAGCGAUGAGGUAUCGAUAUCAUCGAUUAAAGGAACCAUGAAUAUACAGGAAAAUGAAAUCGAUGGUUACGAAGAGGUCGAUCAAACCGGCGACGAAAGUCAUUGCAAAAAUGAGGUAGAAAAUAAUACGAGUAUUAUACCGGCUAUCGUGGGAACACAACCAGUAGCGUGUGCCCGCCAGGAUUGUGUAGUGAGUGACGAGAGUCCAACAAAAACGAGAAACAAUAAUAGAAUCAGCGGUAUGUUCGAAGGAAAGAGGAAACGAUUAGUUUCUACAAGUUUGAACAAAACACCGGUGGUCGAUGGACAGUUCAUAGAUUUCCACAACCAUCACUUGAAGUCGGAACGUGAUCCAUUUGAUAUGAAGUACCAACUUUAUGCUGCUGUGUGCCACUCAGGGAUGCUAAACGGUGGGCAUUAUAUUUCGUAUGCGGCAAACCCAAACGGGUCUUGGUACUGUUAUAAUGAUAGUUCAUGCCGUGAAAUACCCGUUCGACCGAAAAUUGACCCUAGUACCGCCUAUCUGUUGUUCUACGAACGAAGGGAUUUGGAUUACGAGCCGUAUCUUCCAAAAGUAAAUGGCAAGCAUAUCCCGUCGGAGCACAUGGCGGAAUUCGAAGAAAGUGAGAAUGAUCUGAAAAAAAUGUGUACAAUCAUGUAGAAGUUAGCUUUAUCAGUGAUAACGGCUCCAGUGUGCCAUUGGGGUUCCGUUAAGUUGGAAAAACUGUUUGGCCUUUCAUUGCCUCCAAAGGAAAAAUCGGAUACAGAUAUGCCAAAAAGUAAACGAUGAUGCCGCUGAUAUACUAGGAAUGUGGACAACAAAGUUGCUACACGGCUUUUGAAUUUCGAAUUGCAUGCUUGCAACAUUUUGUCUAGGUAGCGAACCGCUUCUAUAGAGAAGAAAUAUGUAAACCUGUUUUCACACGCUUCUAUUCUAAAAUAAUAAGACCAACCAAAAGCGUAAGCGGAACAAACAUUUUUUGUUGUUGGGCUGAGCUAAUCUCCCUUUAAUCGUUGGUAAAAUUUUCCAACGCGCGUGCAUCGAAUCGAAAUUAAUACUGUUGUUCUAUGUUUUGUAAUUUUUAAGUGUCACUAGCUUUAUUAACACAUAAGAAAGUAAUCGGUGAAUCGAUGUACCGAAGCUUUGAACCAGCAAACAUUAAAUUAUGAUAUAACAGAUAAUGUCAGUUUUAUCACAUAAUCAUUCAGUAAAAAAGCAUUCCAAUUUCAAACUAGCAGAGGGGUUGCUAGAAUAGUGCAUCUUUGUAAAGCGCUGUAAUGGGAGGCGAUGGCAUCGAAACUAGCUUUAAGUGUUAUUCUUCAAUCAAUAGAUGCCUGGAAUGUAGUCAAUCAGUACUAGUUAGUUAUGGCAAACGAUGGAUAUUAAGCUUCCGCGAACCCGUUUUCUUUAUAGAUAUAAUCUUUAAACUCGAGGCAAUCAAUACUACAAAAAAAGGAUUGUUUUAUCCAUUAGGCUACCGCAGAACCGUAGGGGUCUAUCUUCAAAGAUGUUGAUUAGUUAUGUGAGUCCUUCGAAAGGAGUAAAAGUGAGUUGUUAUUCAAUGUUAUUUUUCCGAUUUUUAUUUUCGUUAUUUUUUACCGAGCAAAUUAGUGGAAAACGAUUGAUUGCUUCGUUAGUAUUUGUUGUAUUUUUAUUACUACUUUUCAUUACCUUAAUAUUAUUCCUUUUGUCAAGUAUCGAUUGUGACUUGGUUGAAACAAUAUUAAAUAUUGAUGAACCCUCAUUCAAAUGAAACUGGAA